AUGGAGUACAUCCAACGCUUGCAGACGGAAGAAUUUUGGGAGAACGAGAUCAAAGCGCAUGGAGUCAGAGCGUUGCAUGUACCUCCGACUACUGGAAAUCACGACAGCCAACUUUCGUUGAACACUAAUUGGAAGGCGAGCGUGAGUAUGACGCGAGGCCCGAAUGGCAACAUGGUCGUUGACGUUUGGUCUUCUAAGAUGGUGCAGAAUCCAGAAUGGCUGGAGAAAAUCACUGUUAUCGAAGAGAGUGCAAGUGUGUCCUCUAGUUUGAAGAGCAACAAGUAA